AGUGUGCAGAGAGCGUUAGCUGUAGAGUCAUUUCUUCCUCAUCGCACCUAACUAGCUCCAUUGACGUGGAUUUUCUGGACUAGGAUCGUCAUUAAGCUCCGAACCUCAUGUGACUAUAGCAGACGUCAUUGCUCCCACGUUGAUUUGGCUUCGCCUUAUCUAGCGCUCGUGCGGCAGCCGUGGGUAUUCGCUCGCGCUCGUUCCUUAUAUUGGUAGGACGUCGUGCGGCGCUGCUUUCCUUUACUUUUAAGCAACUGAUCGUCUCUCAUUUAAACUCAGGAAUCGUUCCUUUUUCUAUUCUCAUUACUCUAGCUGACAUCCGGUGUUACCUGCCGUCUCUACGCUUAUCGUCCUUCAGAAAGCGUUGCGUUUUUUAUCUGGUACAAUUGUUCUUUCUGCGCACACAGUUUUGCCACUGUUACCGUUCAGAAAUAUCGUUUAUUUUGAAUCUCAUUACUGUUUUUCUUAAUGUCUGGCUGCACUCCGUGAGACUCGAAGCAAGCUUCAGUCGCUAUUAGAUUCGGGAGACGCAUUCACACGCUGCCGCCCUGCGAAUCUCCAUCUACUUUCCGCGUGUUCCGCUAUAUAUGACAGACUGAUCAAUAUGCUGGCGAUGCGCUAAGUUUAUCUGCCCUUGCUUAUUUUUUGCUUCCUCUCAACCAGACUAAAAACGGACUACGCGCUGUCGCUGACUGCGUUGACUCCUCUUUACCGGUGGUUUCCAUUCUCGGCUCUGAACAAGACUGUGUAUCGAAUAUCCAUCUUCUCAAAGGCAGAGGGAGACCACUGGCCAAUAAAUGAGUGGAGUUUGUCUUUCCCCACGGACAUCACGUUUUACCGCGAUGUUCGCGCUGUCACCUGCGAAAAGCCACAGACGUGGGAAUUUGUCAGCAAGAAUAAUUGUCUUAGCGGCGUGCUUGCUGUUCUCCAUCAACGCCCGAUGCUCGCGAGCGGAGAAUGUGAGAAGCGCCUCUGAAGGAGAGUCCACUGCAUUCAAGUCAACGACAGCAACCGCAGCGGGGGCCACUAAUGAGACUGGUUUCGUGCAAAUGCUACAAGGCUUCAUCGCAAGUAGCUUCGACAACCUACCUCCCACUUUGACGCGUAAGCUGCUCGGGGCCGACAUGCGGCCAGAGUGCAGUUUGGCGCUACUCCGGACAGUCACCGCCUUCAAAAAGUUGGAGCCAUGGACAUUGAGACUUUUCGAUGCGACAGGAAAGUACCCGACGGGCGUGCUACAGAUGUCCCGCGUUGACCUUGGCGCUUUCGACGAGUGUCUCGAGACGGAGGUGAGCGACAGCUCCGGGAAUGUAGUCUCGCAUGGCCAGUACUGCAACCUCGAGUUUCAUCUCAAGGAGGGCUUCAUCGGAGAAAGAGAGAUGGAACUUCUCGCAUCCCUUGUACAUCAGAAGCUGUAUGAUUUCAAAGGAUUAUUUAUGGACAUGAAAGUACCAUUCCUUCGCAUGGGACUAUGCUUUCUCGAUGACUGCACACAGAGUGAUUUACAAGCGCUAGUGGACACAUUGCAGCCUCCUUCAAUGGAGAUUCGAGUGGAAAACUGCGUCACUGCGGAACCAGAACCAUGGAGUACAACGCAAAUAGGAAUUGUAUCAUUCCUGACUGUUCUAGUCACCGUAAUAGCCGGGGCCACUGCUGUCGACGUCUACAUGGAUUCGAAGCAGAAAUCUGCACAGAAAAGUGGUACGCUACUAAGUGUCAUAGUGGCAUUCUCGGCAGCGACAAACACGCGUGCAUUGUUUCGUGUGGCCGAUAGGACCAACUCCCACCAAUACUCCCUGAGCUUCUUGCACGGCAUACGUGCCAUCUGCGUGGGACACAUUGUUCUCGGUCAUUGCUACCAGGCAAUGUCAGAUACUUGGGGACGCCUGCUGAACAUGAUGAUCAUUACCGAUCAUUGGAUGCUCCAAAUAGUAACGUGGGCAUUCGACAGCGUUGACACUUUCUUCUUCCUCAGUGGAUUUUUGCUGUGCUUCGCUGUCACAAAACAGAAGAGGAAUGGUCCCCUCAUCUUUCUAAUCGCAGUCAUUCGAAGGCUCAUCAGCAUCCUCUCGGCGGCGGUGCUGAGCCUCUAG